UGACUGAAUCAUAAAUAACUAAAAAAACAUUUAAAAAAGAACUUCAUAAAUAAUUAUUUUUUUUCAUAAAUCCAAUAAAUACCUUUUUAGGGCAUUCUUUAGUAGAAUGUUUAAGAAACGAUCAUUAAAAUGAUAUAAAUCCCCAUAUGUUUACAGGAGCUUUAUCAGAAAAAGAAAGCAAUUAAGUGCCAAGAGGCGUUUGGAAAACAAUUAAUAACAAAGUAAUUUAAAACCUGAUAAAAGUAUUAUUGGAUGUUGACAUUAUAAUUUAUGAUUUAAAUAAUUGCGAUUUAGAUGAAGCUUAAUUAGUUAUUUAAACUUUAAAAAUGGGUGAAUUUAAAGAAUAGAAAACAUUGAUAUUUAUUUCUUCUGUGGUUACAUGGUCAAAAACAUCUAUAAAAGAGAAAAUUUUAAAAGAAAAUUAGUUGGCAGAAUUAAAAACAUAAGAAAGUGAUAUUGAAUUAGGAAGUUAAAUAGAAGAAGAUGAAUAAUUAAGCAAAAAAAUAUAUACAAAAUACAAUGAAAAUGAAUAUUUAUAAAGAAAAUCUCAUCCUAAAUAUGAAAGAAUGAAAUAAUUGGAAACUUUAUGUUUAUCUAUAAACAAUUUGAAACCAAAUUUAAGAUCUUAUGUAAUUUGCUCUGGUAUUUAAUAUGGAAAUGGAGAAGAUGUAUUUUAUGAAUUAUUUAAAGAAGCUUGGCUUUAAAAUACGUAAGAAUUAACAGUCUAUGGAAACGGAAAAAACAGAAUUCCAACAAUUCAUAUAAAAGAUUUAGCAAAUUUUGUUUCCAAAACAAUCGAAAUAACUCCUAAUUAGAAUUAUAUUUUGGCUUUGGACAAAAGCAAAAGUACUUAAUUAUCUAUAGUAGAAGCUAUUAGUCGAAAAAUAGGUACUGGAAAGGUUAGACAUAUAGAUUUAGCUAGUGCUUGUUUGGAUAAAGAUAAUUUUUUUGUUUUAAAUUUAGAUUUAAGACUUAAAGGUUCAAAACUUUUUGACUUUUAAGAAAUUUAGGAUGAUGAACAAGGAGUUGAAAAUAUUUAAUAAUACUAAUAAUAGUUUAUUUGGCAUUGUAGAAAUGGAAUUGAAGAUAAUAUGGAAACUCUUAAUAAAGAAUUUAAUUAAUAUAGAGGAUUAAAGUCAAAUAAAAUAGUAAUUUUUGGACCUCCAUGCAGUGGAAAAACUUUUAUUGGAAAAAAAUUGGCAUAAUAAUAUAAUAUUCCUUACAUAUAAAUACAAGAAUUAAUCGAAUAAAUAUAAAAUUAAGAUAAUCUUGAUUUGGGUGUAAAAGUAAAGAAUUAUUUAAUUUAAAAAAGAGAAGAGUUAACCCGAAUUGCUUUAACUUAAUUUGAAGCUGAUAAAAAGAAAAAAAGAAUUAAAAAAGGCGAUCCAGAACCGGUUUUUGAUCCUUAAACAAUAGACGUAAGAUUAAAUGAAGAGCUUCUUUUUGAAGUAUAUAAAUAUAGACUAAGUUAAGUUGAUUGUAUUAAUAAAGGAUAUGUAUUAGAUGCGUUUCCGAAAACAAAUAUUUAGGCAUAAAAUAUAUUUCAAAAUAAAUAAUAAUAGCAUGAAGAAUUAUUAUAUCCUUUAUGUUAGUUACCUGAUUCAUUUAUUAUUUUGGAAGCUAAUGAUGAAUUUUUAAAAGAAAAAGCGAAAAGUUUAUCUUAGGAAGUUAUUAAAAAUACUCAUUGGAAUGAUGAAGGAAUGAAUAGAAGACUAAGAGUUUAUAAACAAAUUAUAGAUAACGAAAAUCUAAGCAUAGUUAGUUUUUUUUAAGAAAAUUAAGUGGAUGUUUUGAAAAUUAAUAUUUAAAAUAAUGAAAAUAUUUUUUAAAAUAUUUAGUAAUUUAUUGAAAGAAAUGGAAGUUUUAAUUCUUUUGGAUUAGAUAAAAAAUAAUCUUAAAGCAGUUUAAAAAAUAAUAGAUUAUCAAUUUAAGAAGAAUAUUUGUAAAAAAAAUCGAUUUUGGAAGAAAAAAUCAAACUUUAAAAGGAAGAAGAAAUUCAAAAAAACCUUCAAAAAGAAACCUUUCUUAAAAUCGAAAAAUUAAAAAAUUAAGAAAGAGAAAGAUUAGCAGAGAGAUCUUAGGCUUUAAGGUAAUAUUUAGCUGAUAAUAUUGUGCCUUAUUUAACUGAAGGGUUAAUUUAAGUUUGCCAAACAAAUCCUGAUAAUCCGAUUGAAGCUUUA